GGGCAGGAAACCUCUUCGUAUUUUCGAAAAGAAAAGAAAUCCAAUUGUUAACAGAUUUCUAACAGUGGCCAACAGCUCUCCCCCUUAUCUCGAUCAACACCCUCCAACUUAACCGUGAUAUAUGGGGUACGACUCUCUCUCUCUCUGCUCAUAGCCUUGUGAGGAAAGUCUUACCACGGCCAAAGCCCAUCAUCAUAGCCCGAGGACCCACUAGACUUUUAGCGAAACCGUGAGCACGUCAUAACCACCUUUCUCGGCAGAAGCGAAUAAUAUAACAGUAUAGUCAAAACACCUGGAGUUACUCCGAAGUAUUUUUCCUUUGGUCAGUAAAAUGGCGUUUCUGGAAAGCUAACUGUUCCGGGCCGUCCAUCAAAAAUGGCCUACAUAUAUCGACCGACUGAUAAGGAAACAAUCCAAGCUAACUCUACUCCGUACAAAUAAUGUACAGGCUAAAUUGGAGUACAUAUAGACUUGGGUUAUGGAGUAUGGAGUUCUGACAUAAGAUUGAACGGUACCAUGGUGGAAUCACGUCCUUCAUGCGAGACACUUUCGCUCUUUACGAUGCGAAGAACUCCGUACAGUAAGAAGCUAAUUUUAAUAAUCCUUUCAUUUGUAACUGCGCAGAUUUACUUUGUAUUCCAUAUGCAGUUCUCUCGGAGAAAAAUGACUUUCCUUCGACACACUUCUAUCAACAUGAACACUGGCCCCAAGGCUCAGCCUGUUCAGUCUGCAGACUAGGACACGUUGGGGAUUGCAGAUCAUCCUUGUCGGCCAGAUCUAGAAUUUCGAAAAUAUUUCUCGAAGUCUCAAAGGCAGUCCUGGAUGGAUAUAACUGGUGGCUUCCAAGUCCACCCACUCUUCAAGCCCAUGCAACUCUCUCAUGUUGCAAAGAUCAGCCUCUGGACGUUACGGUCUGCCAAAGCCGAAUUUUAACCACACAGUUGGCCUUAAUGUUACAACCAUGAUUUGCGCGCUGAAGUAUCCCAUCACUUUCUCACCUUUUUCCAAGAGCUAGUGCCCCAGUACGGAAUAGGCUCACCUCUUCCUUGGGUGGCUGAUGCAUACACGAGCAGCGCUUGUCACUGAAGAAGCUUCCUUUGGCAGACCAAUAAUGAUAGUCGACGGCAACUCCGAAAUUCUUACGUACAUUUCAGGUGCAGGAGGUUAGCCUCCUCGUACCUGCGUGGAGUUGAGUUCUCACUAUCCUACUGGCCAGUAUUAUAGUAGUACCAAGCCACUAGGUAACUCAAGGACGCAUUUCCCUCUUAACCAAAGAAUCCUGGGAAUCGAUUCAUUUCCUGGCUUUGGAGAUCUCACCCUCUGUUGGGCUCCCGAUUAGCUUCCUGAUUUUCUUCCUUUUGGACUGGCAAACUCUCUUCAACGCUUGAUCUUAGAAGCCAAGCAUUCGCCCGUACUCCGGACAUCCGUGUGGAGCAACACUCUAUUUCCUCCACUCACACGCUGAUCUUGCUAUCUCCUCGCUAGAAAGAUGUCUACCUCGACACGGAUUAAGACCCUUGUAAGGAGGAUGGACAAGAAAGUUACUAAGAAGCUCGCUCAAUCGAGGCAAAAGCAUCACGAAUCAGCUUUUGUUCAUUCUUUCCAGCAUAUUUCCAACAAUAUUAAAGCUAUCAAAACAAGGAGUUCGAUAAGUGAUGGCGGGUAAAAUGCUGAAUUGCUCCCUUGUUCCUCUUCAAGCUGAUGUUACUAUCUUGAUAACGUGAGGGAGUGGGCAGAAACAUCCUUGCGUGUUUAUAAGGUAUCAGAGUGGAAAUAGGCGUCGCAGAGAUCAAAAGCCCUGCAAGUUGAGGCAGGCCUCGUUCACUACACCAGUCCGAGGAGAGAGGGCUUUACAACCACAUCUAUGUGUGAUGGGUGAUGCACGGGAGAUAAUCAAGCCAAUCUGCGGCGUUAAGCGGGUCUUCCUCUAAACAAAUUAUUUUGGCUUGAGAAUGAUGGAUGCGAUAAUGUCGAGGCGAGAGCCGAUCAGGAGAGUGGACAAGGGCAUUUUGAUGGCACGCGCCCUUUACAAGACUGAUCUCAGUGGAGGUUUCAGAUCAUGGGUCCCUGAACCGGAAAUAUGCUCCGCGGUCAAGAGCACCAUCAAGAUGACAAUACUUGUCGCAGCUUUCCUUUUUACGCGCUUCUUGCUCCUUUUUCAAUUGUCAGACUCCCAAGGCCAACUGAUUAUAUUUGGGCUUGACAUGGGGUUUACGCCACAUGUCAGGUCGAUACGAGGGUGUUGCAUUGCAAGUGACACAAGCCUGUGGUUGAGAUCAACUUGCCGCAUCGUUGAUCCAGCCAUCGACAACUGCUAUCUUGCGCUUUCGGGAAAUAUUAAACGCGGCAAUUAUGACCUCGGAACCACAGCUUCGUAUUAGGGACACGUUGAUGUUCUUACUUGACUGCGAAUCUGUUCCUCAUAUGAUGCUAGAUACCUACUCUGUACUCAACACAGGCUACGCAGAAACUAAACUGCUGGGGAGAUUGUCAGCCGCCACCUAAGUAUAGCACCCCUGAUCUAUCUAAGUUAAGGAGGCAAUUUCUUUCCCGUUUUCCUUAACGCCUCAUCAGAGAGGCGUCUUCUUACCCUGGACUCUAUUUACAGAAGAAGGGCUGUUGAACUUCUUUCUCUCAAAAAGAAUGUAGCCAAGUGAAAUCUCAGUUGGGGUUUCGACUAAUUGUUUUGAGAAACGGAGAAUAUGUUUCCUUGAGCAGACCUGAAGACUUAGCGGCGUCUUCCCCCCCUCUCUUCUUGGGGAAUUGGCUUCAAUAAUUUGGAUAUGCUCUCCAUGCAUAUAUACGAUGCGCAAGGUUAUUCCCGAGAAUUUGGAUAUGGGCUCAGAAUGUGGGCUUAAGCCGGAUCUAACAUCUAUGAGAUUUAUCUUGUGCGCGUCGAUGGUGCUGACUGGAGCCAGCUUCCUGAUACAUCCACUCGUUAAUGCUGAUCUUAUGGGAUCAGAUAUACUAGCACAGCCGCACUUGCUAUAUUUCAUUUCUGUCCGGAGUAUAUCAAUCCAGAAUCGUCCUAGUCGAAGGGGUGGGCUGAAAUCCUCGUGCAUGCUCAUUAAUAGAAUUACAUAUAGCUAUAAGUCAGCAUGUAUUUCAACAGUUUUUGGACUACGGCAUAGUUUAGACUACUAAUCCAUCAGGUCUGUGCCAUCUACAUAUUCCCCUAGAACAUUGUAGAGAAAUGGAAUACAUUUUCUUUUCCUAGAUAGCUGCAGAUGUCUCACCAGUGCAUACCAACCGAUGAAAAGGGUGAGGAUCGAUUUUUUUUUUC